GGUAUUGAAAAGGUUGGUGAACGAGAAUUCAGCCUGCUUAGUUUACAUUUGUACUGAAAUAGCAGUGAGUGUAAUUUCCAUCAGACGAUAUUAUCAUCUUAUUGUAGUAUUUCUUUCGAUUUUUUCCGUAAAAUCAUAACAAUAUUGUCGCUGGAUAUUCGAUAAAAGAUGUUUUGAAAUGGAAUGGGAAAUUAAUGAAAAUUUAAUGACGGUCUAAUUUAACCGUUGAGUGAACAACAUCGCUAUGAAUAUCUUCUACUGGUCCAUAUUAGUAUUUCACUUCUCGGAGGCAGUAUAUUCGAAGAGAUCAAGGCAUCAUCGUACGGAAAAUGGAAUUAGUACCGCUUCAACCGUUCGGAUUACUACUCCGGUAUCGUACUUUGGCUCGAUAUUAGAAGAUGAUUUUUUUGAUUACAAUGCAGAAUCAUUAACCAGGCACAAUCCUUGCUUGGUAAAAUAUUGCGGUAAAGGAGAAGAAUGUAUCGUGCAAAAAGGAGCGGCGGAAUGCAUCUGCCAGAGGCAAUGCCCAAAAAUAAAAAAACCUAUUUGCGGCUCGGAUGGGAAAUUAUAUCCGAAUCAUUGCGAACUUCAUCGUACCGCGUGUUUAACAUCGAAACCAUUAUUCGUGGAUCAUAGUUUCGGGUGUAGUUCGACUCCUUCAGACGAUGAAACAGACAACGUUGCAGAAACCAAUGGAAAUUCGCUAGUUAAAUAUAAUGAAACAGCCGACUCUGUCGUUUCGUUAGUUUCUAAUCGAAAAAGCUCGAUAAAAACAGAAAAUCCCGUAUUUAUUCUUGAUUACCCGGCCGAUAACAAAAAGGAAAAUUCUACCCGAACGACAGAUUCGUCUUAUUACGAUUUCGCAUCAGAUAACGCCGCCGCCGACGACGAAGAUAAUGAAGACGACGUUGAUCGAAAUGAUUUACAAAAACAAAAUAACGAACAGCAGAAACACAAAGAAGAAACUGAAAACGAACAAUGUACAGCUCAAGAAUAUGAAACAAUGAAGGAUAAUUUGUUAUUAAUAAAUCAAGUGAAAUAUAUGCACCAUGAGGCAUGGACAGGUGGUAAAGAAUACAUAGUGAGCGCUUUAUUUAAAUACCUAGAUGUUGAUGCAAAUGGUUUACUGACUGAAGAAGAGCUUAUCAAAGUUUCGAAACGAGGUGAUUUAAGAAGCGUUUCGAGCAAAUGUCAUUUAAUGAGUUUGAUUUCCAGAGAAGAUAUCGACAAAGAUAAUCGAUUAGGCUCGAAUGAAUUUUACGCAGCAUUCAGUAAAUUAUACAGUUUAUCUGUAGUUUCACUGGACAAAGCAUUGGAAGUAAAUCAUUUGUCAGCCCGAGUUGGGGAUAACGUUGAGAUAAAAUGCGACGUUACUGGAACUCCUCCGCCGCCUAUAGUUUGGCGCAGAAACGCCGCUGAUUUAGCCUCGCUGGGUGAAGACGAAGUCCGGGUUUUCAGUGAUGGAGCUCUGUAUUUGACACGCAUUCAGUUGGUACACGCUGGUAAUUACACUUGUCAUGCUCAACGGAAUACGGAUGUCAUACAAACUCACGUUCUCACAGUUCACACUGUACCAGAAGUUAAAGUUACGCCGCGGAUUCAAUCGCGACGUCCGGGCGAAGAGGCUUCCAUGUUUUGUCAUGUCAUCGGCGAACCGUUCCCCAAAGUUGAAUGGCUGAAGAAUGACGAACCCUUACGGUUGGAUUUGAUUAGGAAGUAUGACAUUAUUGGAAACGGAACCGAACUAAAAAUACAUAAUAUCGAAUACGCCGAUACCGGAGCAUACAUGUGUCAAGGGUCUAACGUAGGUGGUCUCACCAGAGACAUAUCAUCGCUUAUUGUUCAACAACAACCUACACCGACCGCACCUACGGAAGAGAGAAGAUUUUUCACGUUUCACGAUUGGGGUGUUGCCGUUUACGAGCCCAGUGCUUGUCGAUUAUAUCAUCAAAUCCAAUCUACCGAUAUAAUUCCUGGUACACAGGAAUACGUUUGCGGAGACAAAGGGGUGAACUGCAGUUGGGGUCAAGCGAUCAAUGUAGCUAAUCGAUACAUUUACGUCUCACAACCUUUAAAAGAUCGAGUAUUGGUAAUCAGCAAAAUACAAAUGGUUGUCGUAGAUGUUGUAAUCACCGAUAAUAAUCCGGUAGCAUUGCAUUACAUUCCACACCUGGAUCAAGUAUGGGUAUUAAAUUGGAGAAGUGUUCGAGAUCAAGGGGUGAAAACUAUUCAAGUAAUCAGAGAUGCUUCACAAAAACGAAAACAUCAUACAGUUCACCCUGAACCAAUUGAUGGACAUUUUGAUCUUGUUAGAGAUCUUUUUAUGCCACCUAUACAGGACAUGAGUCACAUGUUCAAAUAUGGAUAUGUUAGUCAUAAAAAUCAAAGAGGCUUGUAUAAAUUAGAUUUAGCAAAUAUGAGAUACAUUCGCAGCAUAGAUUUAGCACCAUACAACUGCGUUCCUAGAACUGUUCAGUUUUCAGCUCUAUAUGGUUUUGUGGUACUCGAAUGCGAAGAACCAGUGACAGGUCGUCCCACUGGUCAGGUAUUACUGGAUUACUUGACUGAUACAGUAAUCAUGCAAAAACCGAAUUUAUUCGGAAAACCAUUGGUGUCCCCUAACAGUAGAAUGGUUGUGACAUUGGACAGAUCACGAGAUGGUGCAACAUUAAUAGUACAAAAAGUCACAGAGGUUGGAUUAAAUUUCAUAUUUGAUGUAAAAACCACGUUAAAUAUAAGCGAAAUUACGUUUUAUCCAUCUCGUACCACACAUGGUUAUGAUACGUAUGCGAGUGCAGCCAACAAAGAAGACAUCUUAUUCUUGAACUUGGAAACUGGUAAAGUUGAAAUGAUCACCGGAGUAGGAAGAGCAAUGGAUCCAUCACUAGCUCAAUGGGGAAAUGGCAAUCGACCCAUCGUUGCAUCUGGUAUAUUUGGACAUUAUUUGGUUACUCCAGCAAACGAAGCAUUAUUCGUGGUUAAUGGUGAAACUCGAACUGUCAACUGUGAAAUUGGAGGACUUGUGCAUCCUAGAAUAGUCGUUUGGGUAACGAUGCAAUUGCAGUAACUACAGCUAAAGCGAAUGCAAUUUUUUUUUAGGGGUGAUCUCAUUCAGUGGUACCUGCCUAACUUUUAAACUAAAACAAAACCUUAAUUCGUGAAAAUAAUUUAAAAAUUUUAAAGCGUCAAUGUAAGUAAACAAUUUCAAUAGAAUGUAUAUUAUCAAAGAAACAAAAAUGUCUUGUACCACUGAACAAAAAAGACACAUUUAUUUCAAUGAUAUUUGUUCAAUUUUUUGCCCAUUUUUUUCCAUUGUAUAUAAUUGAUGAUAUUUUGAUAUGAUGUCAUGUACCAAAUGGAAUGUUAUGUUAAUAAUUUUAUACAUAUUUUGUUAGUUGUUGUUGAUUUUUUUUUUCAAUUUUACACUUUUUCUAGUCAAGCAUGAAAAAAAUUUACCUACCUAGUCAUUGUAUUUAUACGAAACGAAAUAUUUUAGUAUUCGUUUUAAUAUCAUAAAAUACUCGUCGACUAAGCUUUUUUGGGCUUAUUAUUGUACGUUUGUUAAGAUAACUAUUUAUUUUUACAUAUCAAACCAAUAACGACAUAUUGUAAAGUAUAUAAUAUUUGUAAAUAAACAAGUCAUUUGUUA